AUGUCUUCUUCAUCGCCGCCAAAGCCUUGGGAGACGAGCGGAGGUGCGACGAGUGCCUCGGUUGGACUUACCGGCUCGUCCACCAGCACAACCUCGUCAUCCACAUCUUCCACUGCGCCGCCCUUGCCAUCAGUGCCCGAUUCGCUGACGACGGUCGCAAAUCGCAACGCGUCCAACUACUCGAACAUGAACAACCGGUAUUCCUCGCCCUACGGCGGUGGCUAUGGUGGUAUGAGCAGUUACAGCUCGCCAUACUCCACCAUGGGCGGUGGUUAUGGUUCCAUGUACGGUGGUAUGGGCGGUAUGUAUGGUGGCAUGGGCGGUAUGGGGAUGGGUGGCAUGUAUGGGGGCAUGGGCGGCAUGGGCGGCAUGCCAGGCGACCCCAACAACAGCUUAACACAGUCUUUCAGUCAAAGCACUGCGGCAACAUUCCAGCUGAUUGAGAACAUUGUUGGCGCGUUUGGAGGAUUCGCGCAGAUGCUGCAAAGCACCUAUAUGGCGACGCAUUCAUCUUUCUUCGCCAUGGUAUCAGUAGCAGAGCAAUUCGGAAACCUACGGCAAACGCUCGGUUCAGUUCUCGGUAUCUACACAGUUAUGCGGUGGAUACGAACAGCCAUUGCGAAACUUACUGGCCGACCACUACCAGCCGACGCAACGGCCCUAACACCCGCGAGCUUUGCUGCUUUCAAUGGACGGCUGCCAGAUGGCUCGUCAGCCCCUGCUAAACCAUCAAAAAAACCUUUCAUUGUCUUCAUGCUCGCAGUCUUCGGUCUGCCAUACCUCAUGGGCAAGCUCAUCAAAUCACUUGCACGAUCACAAGAAGCGGAAGAGCAACGGAAGAUGCUCGAAAACCCGCACGCGGGCCAGCCCCUAGACCCCAAUAAACUAGAGUUCUGCCGUGCGCUGUACGACUUCACGCCAAACUCCAACAUGCAGGGAAUGGACUUGUCUGUAAAGAAGGGCGACAUGGUCGCUGUGUUGAGCAAGAGCGACCCAAUGGGCAAUGCUUCGGAGUGGUGGAAGUGCCGUUCGAGAGAUGGAAGGAUGGGAUACCUCCCUGGUAUCUACCUGGAACCUAUCCAACGAAAGCAGCCCGCACAGAUUACCAGCGGGAGCCAGAGUGGAAGCCCAGCUGUCAGCCGAACACAGACGAUGACGAGCAGCACACUGGCAAGCAGGACUGGAACUAUGACCGAGGCGAAGGUGCCUGAGAAGGUUGGCCCCAAGAUUGACAGCAAGGCCGGCGAUAUGGGCGUUGAAAGCUUCCAGAAGGGUGCAUUCUACUCUUAG